AACUCAAAACAAUCCGGUUCAAAAGUCCUUCCAAAAUGGCGGGUCCGCUGAGUAAGGUCAGAGUUUUAGAAUUGGCUGGUUUAGCCCCUGUACCAAUGGCUGGAAUGAUUCUUGCAGAUUUUGGAGCAUCUGUAAUUCGUAUUGAUAGGAUGGAACAAGGUUUUGCUGAAGAUUUUCUUGCAAGGGGAAAGAAAUCGAUAAUGGUUGACUUGAAAAAUAAGAAAGGCAUCGAAGUUGUUAAAAAGCUGUCGAAAAAUGCCGACGUUCUCAUGGAUCCUUUUCGUCCAAAUGUAAUGGAAAAGCUUGGACUUGGACCAGAUACACUUCUCAAAGAAAAUGAAAAACUUAUUUAUGCCCGACUUACAGGCUUCGGUCAAGAUGGCCCUUUAUCUCAAAAAGCUGGUCAUGACAUCAACUAUUUAGCGAUAUCAGGAGUUUUAUCCAUGCUUGGAAGAAAAGGAGAGAAGCCCCUGGCACCCCUAAAUCUGGUUGCUGAUUUUGCUGGUGGCUCCUUCACGUGUGUCAUUGGUAUCCUAAUGGCUUUGUUUGAGAGAUCUACGUCUGGAAAGGGACAGGUCAUAGACUGCUCUAUGGUCGAGGGAGCUGCGUAUCUUUCCAGCUUUCUUCACCGAAGCAGGGACUUAUUCAUUUGGCAAGGUGAACGGGGAGAAAAUCUUUUAGACAGUGGAGCACCUUUUUACGACACUUAAACGAAAGAUGGAAAGUUUGUGUCAGUUGGGGCACUAGAACCAAAAUUUUACCAAGAUCUCGUCAAAGGACUUUGCUUGGAAAAAGAAUUCCCACUGCACUUUGAUGUGUCUUGCUGGCCGAAAAUGCGCGCACGCUUUACUGAAGUUUUCGCAACAAAAACUCGGGAGGAAUGGGUCGAAAUAUUUAAAUCUGAAGACGCUUGUUUUGCACCAGUACUUGGAUUGGAUGAAGCUGCGAGUAACUCACACAAUGUUGCGAGAGAUUCUUUCACACAGAACAGAAUUUCCAAGAAUGAAUUCCUGGAACCAAGGCCUGCUCCCAAACUCUCAAGAACUCCUGCGCAAAAUUACCUGAAGGCUCAGCCAGCAAUUGGAGAACAUACAGUUGAGGUAUUAAUACAGGAAGGUUUUUCUGAGUUAGAAGUUGAACAAUUAAUUAAAGAGGAUGUUAUUAAACAAUAUGUCCCUUCCUCUUCACUUUGAGUAGAACGUUUUAUCUCAAUUAAAAUUCUUACGUUAAGAUUAAGGUUUUAAGCAUUUGAACUGAUAGAAAGGUGGUCUUCAAGUUACCUUUUUAUACUUGAAACGCUUAUCAUUUUAUACUUGAAACGCUUAUCAUAUUUCCAUACAUACAUGAAUAUUCAUACUAGAAGCUAAAACAUGAAGAGAAGCAGCGCUGAAGUUAACAUUUUGAAGAAAAUAAAUGUUAAAAAUGCAUUGCAUAUUUUUGUGUGCAUAAAGAGGGAGUAACUACAUUUUAUAAAAGACGAUAUUUUCAAAAGGGACUGUCUUUUCGACUCUCUGUUACCAUUAAAAACAGAUGCAAAGAUGACUUUAAAGGAUUUACCUUGCUCGUGUCUCUUUUAUGAUAAAUUUUGCUUUACGUGGUUUGUUGAAACGAAUAAUGAAGCUUGUUAGUCAUAUCAAGAUUAUCUGCCAAACUAGUGCAAUCUGAAUAGCACAUCUUAUUAUUAAGAUAAAAUCAAUUUAUUUUUACGGAAAUUCUGCCUUGAAAUGUGCUGUGUUUUCAAACGUUUCUUGUGGUGCUUUGUGCUUUCUUGAUGUACUGACAGGAAAAGCAAUUUGGGCUUUGGAAAGCGAAAGUUUAUUUAGUUUAUUGUAAAGUAAUGUCAACAGCAACGACAUAGACUUUUUGAUCAAUCUGCUAGCAUAUUUUGUGAGAAGGACUUUGCUUGAACUUUAAGUCCUUUCUAGAUUCUUUCUAGCCAGAUGUUUCCGUCAAAACAGUUUGAAUCAUCAUGUUUGGCGGUCGUAGGCGAUCAUAAGCCAAGGAAUUUUUUGAAAAGAAACUACUUUGAAUAGAAUGAUUCAUGGCUAGCUCGUUUCAGUGAUUCUAUAUGUAAUUAUACCUACAUUGAUUCUUCAUCAAAUUUCCCUUUGCUGCUUUUUCUCCGCUUCGACAGUCGCCUCUUCAAUUACAUGAUGACGUAACUAGAACCCAGACACUUGCUAGUGAUAGUAAUGAUUUGCUACCUCCUGAAUGAAUAGAGACUAUUA